AUGAAAUCAGAACCCACAGAAUCCGAGUGUUGGCUCGUUAUUGGUGCUCAUCAAGCAGGUGCAACAGAGGGACGUUGUGCCGAAAUCGCUGGCUUGCCUCGAUCCGCUGCCCACAAGAUCAUUAGCAACUUUAAGAAAUUGGGCUCCCCUCAAGCAUCCACUGUCAAUUCGGCAUCUGUGUUCAUGCCAUCUCACAAACGUAGGAGAAACGACUACGACUACCAAGAUUCACCUUCUCCUGGACCUCGGAAGCGUGGUCGUCCUCGCAAGGUGAUUUAUGCAACGGAGGGCUUAAUCCGAGAGACCAUCAGUCGUAACCAUAACAAGAAGGCACAUGACAACGAUCCUAGCAACAAUGAAUGGACUGAGCAUGACGACCGACUCUUGCUUUCUCAUGUACUUGGCGUGCCCCAAAACUUCAAAUGGAAGGAAUUGGAAACCAUCUUUGAACAAAAACAUCUAUCCAAGAUAUGCCGUGAUCGUUGGACUUUGUUGAAAAAGGAAAUGCUUAAAGACAUUAAUAAAAAUCGGUGA